AUGUUCGGCCGUCAACCUCAACAACAAGUUGAACCAACAAUGUUUUCCCAAUGGCCAAAACAAAUCACCCAAACUUGGCCAACUUCAGUCCAAAACCAAUUCAAACCCAUCAGAGGCUCGGAUAUUGUAGUAGGAAGUCAAGUUCUACAGCAAAUCGACCGCUUUUCUAGUCUAGACCAACUGGCACAGACUUUACAGUCAACUUCACCUCCUUUGGCCAAUUUCUUGUCCCAGGAAAUCAUUGGACUAAAGAAUGCCAUGAAUCAGAUCAAAAUGAAGGCCAGUUUGGGGACACAGCUGUAUGUUAACGAGGUAAAAAUGCUUUGAAUACUACGUUGGUCUUUUAAAUAUUAAAUUAAUAGUACUACAAAACAAAAUUUAAAAGUUUUAACAACAAAAACUGCUGUAUAACAACAUUUUAGCUGCAAAAACUUGCUAAGGAGUUCCUAGUCAGCGCCAACACAGAAUACAAAUCUCUUGACCCAGCUACUCAACUAGAGCUAAAAUCAGCUUAUCCAACAUUAUCGUCCUAUCUAGCAAGUAAGCUUUUAUAAAUUAAAUAUACACCAUCAUAAUAUUCAAAGCAAGCUCGAAGCUAUAUUUGUUAACAAAAUUCUCGUUUACAAUGUACCUACAAGAUACAGCUAUUUUAUACCUUUUUUACAUUUUAUAGGCCCGAUUGGCCAGAACCUACUCUUCAACGAGACAGUCGCCCCUCUUGGAGCUCCGUCCAUCUUACCUACCCCUUACGCCGCCCAACAAAACCAAGAGCUUCAACAACAACUUCUGAAACAACAGCAACAACAAGCCGCUGCCAAUCCCUACCAAAUGCCGUAUCAACAGCCGGCUUACGGCAACAACAUGGGCUACAAUUAUGGAGGUAUGAAUAUGGGAAACGGAAACAACCGCAGAUUCGGAUGA